UGAAGCAGAGAGAGAGAGAGAGAAAGAAAAUCAGUAGCAGCAACAGAGAAGCCUGAGGGAGAAAUCAGCGGGAGAUGCCAUCAAGGGAAAAGGAAAUGAGGAGAACGGACAGAUAAGUCACCGGUCCGAAGAAAACAAUUAGCGAGAAACGAGCCGAGGCAAACGCUAACUACCGGAGCCAAGAGACAAACACAAGGUCGGAGGAGGAGGAGGAGGAGAAGGGGAAGAAAGAAGACAGAGAGAGAGAGAGAGAGAGAGAAAAAAAAAGCAAUCACCCAAAAGCAAAGCAGAUCAGAGGACCGUUAUCCACACAGGCCAGAUUCGAGGAAUAUGAUAUAAAAUGGCAAGGUUUGAAACUUACCAGGAGUACCAGCGGCUGGGGGCGGACGAUUACGAGGAAGAUUCCCCACCAGGUGAAGACCUGUUGGUACAUGUUCCAGAGGGACUGAAAGAUUCGUGGCACCAUAUUAAGAACCUAGAUAAUUUCUUCACAAGAAUCUACCACUUCCACCAGAAGAAUGGCUUUGCCUGCAUGAUGCUCUCUGAAUUCUUCGAGUUGGUGCAGUUCUUAUUUGUUGUCCUAUUCACAACUUUCCUAUUCAACUGCGUGGAAUAUGACGUACUGUUUGCAAAUAAGUUCAUAAAUCACACAGGCUCCAGCCACCCAGAGAGGAAUAAAGUCACUCUGCCAGAUGCAAUUCUACCCACUGAGGAAUGCACUGCAAGAAUUCAAAACAAUGGUUGGAUUAUCUUCCUCCUGACUAUGGCAGCAGUGUUCUGGGUGUAUCGGCUGGUCAAAGUCAUCUGCAAUUUGCUGAGUUACUGGGAAAUCAGAACGUUCUACAUCAAAGCACUGAAGAUCCCCACGGUCGAGUUGUGUAAUUACACCUGGCAGGAGGUCCAAGCCCGCCUGAUUCUGCUUCAGCGAGAGCAGCAAAUGUGCAUCCACAAGAAGGAGCUCACUGAGCUCGACAUCUACCACCGCAUCCUCCGCUUCAAGAACUACAUGGUGGCCAUGGUGAACAAAUCGCUGCUGCCGGUCCACCUCAGCCUCCCACUGAUGGGCGAUGUCAUCUUCUUCUCCCAGGGCCUGAAGUACAAUUUUGAGAUGAUCUUCUUCUGGGGCCCUGGAUCUCUAUUCCAGAACAAGUGGAACCUCCACCCCAAAUACAAACGUUCCGGGAGCCGCCUGGAGUUGGCACAGCAGCUCAGCCGGACGGUGCUGCUGAUUGGAAUCGCCAACCUGCUGCUCUGCCCUUUCAUCCUGGUCUGGCAGAUCCUCUACGCCUUCUUUAGUUACACUGAGGUCAUCAAGAGGGAGCCGGGGAGCCUCGGGGCCCGCCGCUGGUCCCUGUUUGGGCGCCUGUACCUCCGACACUUCAACGAGCUGGAUCACGAGCUACAGGCACGGCUCAGCAGAGGCUACAAACCAGCCACCAAGUACAUGAACUCCUUCACCUCGCCACUGCUCACCGUCUUCGCCCAGAACCUGGCCUUCUUCUCAGGCUCCAUUCUGGCGGUCCUAAUCGCCCUCACCGUCUAUGAUGAGGAUGUGCUAACGGUGCAGCAUAUCCUGACUGCCAUCACUGUGCUGGGGAUUGUGGUGACAGUGUGCAGGUCCUUUAUUCCUGAUGAAUAUAUGGUGUGGUGCCCAGAGCAGCUGCUGCAAUGUGUCCUGGCCCACAUCCACUACAUGCCCGACCACUGGAAAGGAAAUGCCAACAAAUCGGAGACCCGGGACGAGAUGGCUCAGCUCUUCCAAUACAAAGCGGUAUUUAUUCUGGAGGAGUUACUCAGUCCUAUCAUCACUCCCUUCGUGCUGAUCUUCUCCUUGCGUCCGAAAUCCUUGGAGAUCAUCGACUUUUUCCGGAACUUCUCAGUGGAGGUGGUCGGAGUGGGUGAUAUCUGCUCCUUUGCACAGAUGGAUGUUCGGAAACACGGGAACCCAAUGUGGCUGUCAGAAGGCCAGACGGAAGCCUCAGUGUACCAACAGGCAGAGAAUGGGAAGACUGAACUCUCCCUCAUGCACUUCACCAUCACCAAUCCACACUGGCACCCACCCCAGGACAGCUCAGUCUUCAUCAGCCACCUGAAGGAAAAGGUGCAACAUGAUGCAGCCACUGGACCAUCGGCCCAGCACCUCCUGUCCGACACACCACUCUGCAACUCACUGCUCUCCAACGAGUCGACCAAUAUUCCUGAGAAUCUCAUCAUGAGUCUGCUCACACACUCAGCACUCCCCGGUUCGCUAUUAACUGGCAGAGACGGAUGUUUCGGACAGUCGUGCAGUACCGCCUCAGCUGCUGCUAGCGUCCUCGCUUCACUCUCCUCCUCUCACUAUCCCACUCGGACCAGAUCCCACACUCUCCUCAUGGAGAAUGGUGCUGAGAGUUCACUGUAUCGCAGUGACAGGACGAUCAUGGAAGAGAGCACAUCAGUGAGUGCAGGCUCGGGCAGGUCUCUGCUUCUUGCAAACUUCGCUUCAACAGAAAUGAGUCUUCAUGCUAUUUAUAUGCAUGAGCUCCACCAGCAGAGCGCACAGCCUCAGAGUAUGGGGCAGGGAUCCCAGACUCACAGCUCAGUCACCGAGCAACCAACUGCCCCAGUACCCCCGUUGAGUUCACCAGAAACACUAACAGCCUAUUCCCAGUUACACCUCGGGGGCUGGGCAGAAGCGGCUGAGGGGGAAGCUCCCAUUAAUGACCUACCAGCACGACAGGACCAUGAGGAUGAAGUGCCUUCUAAGACAAACAGGGUUUAAAUAUUUGGACUGGACUGAUCUCAUGGCCUUAACUUAUUACAAGCUGGUGGUGAAGCGAGUUUCCUGAUCCUGUGGUAUCCAGGCUUGCGGCCGGUGAUUGAAAACUUUUUCUUGGACUUGCGUUGCACUAACGAGACAUCGAUGUCUUCCAGAACCAUCUGCUCUUCACAUUACGCUUUGUCUGCUGUCAGUCCCAUCUGACCAAUCGCAGUGGGGGGAGAUUGGAGAUUCCUGCCAGCUGAUGUGAAUAUUUCAAUGAAUGUUCUUUUUAAAAAGAACUUGUGCAUAAGGAAUGAAACUUUGUCAGUGUUUAUGGCUUUGCUACAGCAGCAUGAGCCGAUUCUAGAAGGGUUUGUGUUUGGUUUGAAACUGACAAGUAUUACUGCCAGGCUUUAAAGGGGAAGGUGCUGAGGCAAAUUCAACGAGGGAGGGAGGCGGGAGGAUUGGAAAUCAUCCAGCAAGACGACACCAGAGAGAGACAGAGCUGGUGCAGUGGAGAAGGGCAGGUAAAACCAGAGGCUUCUGGCUCAGUCCGUUGUAUUGUCCCUCUGUCCUGGGUGAGUUUUCACUAGGUUGUGUGCGCUGAAUGGAAUAAUUGGAAGUGGAAUCUAAAUCCAGGGUCUGGCGAAUGUGAUUGUGUGGUCCCCAGGGGUCUUUGAAUGUCGCUGUCAUCUUUGAGGCCUUCUUUGCUGCUGCACCCCACUCCAUCCCACAGAAACUAACUUCACGUUUGUCCAGUUUUCUCUUCUUGUCGGGGUACAAGGUUCUAUAGGCGCUGGAUUUGGCACGCCUGGUCAUCAUUCAGGAGUUUAGAUUGUGGGGCAGUUCACCACGGAAGGGUAUCACAGCCACACUGCCCACCCCCCACUCUCGCGGGGCGAAUAACAUUAAUUGUUGGGGUUCCAGCAGGGAUUCUAGUAAGUGUAGCCCAAGCUCCAUUGGGAGGUGCCUGACCCCACUGAGACCUACCUCAAAGCUGACUCAUCGACUGAUACACCACAGAAGGAGGCCAUUCGGCCAACCAUGUGUGUGCUGGCUCUUUAAAAGAGCUGUCUAAUUAAUCUGUGCUCUUGCCCCACAGCCCCUGUAUUUUUAUUCCUUUUCAAGUAUUUAUCUUAAUCCCUUUUUGAAAGUUAUCAAACCUGCUUCUAACCCCCUUUCAUGCAGCGUAUUCCUGAUCACAGCAACUUACAGUUUUAAGACAUUUCUCACAGUUCUUUUGCCAAUUCCCUUCAACCUGCGUCCUCUGUUACCGACCCUCUAGACACUAGAAAAAGUUUCUCCUUAUUCGUUCUCUCUAAGCCCUUCAUGAUUAUGAACACCUCUAUCAAAUCUCCUCCUCCUGCUGUAAUUAACAAUAGAUUAUUUAUAUAUGAAGAGACAGUGCCAGCAUGGAUCUGGUUUUAUAGUCUUACUGUCUGUUCACUGCUGUAGUUUCAGGUCCUGCACACUCCCAGGUCACUCUGUGUCAGUUGGACAGUUUCUCCAUUACAUGUUCUCCAAUCCAGUAAUUUCUGUCAGAUGGAGUUUCAAACAAUUGUGCAUAACUUUGGGCUUUUAUAUCACUGUUAUACCACUGCAUUGCACUCAUGAGGGAGAGAGGCCUGUGCUGUCUGCUGAAUCAUCCCAUUGUCAACUGAUGCCCAAACACCCCUAUCCAGUUGAGGCUUCCUGAAGUGAACAGAUUACUCUGGGAGCCAAUAUCCAACAGUGAGCAGAAAGGUACCAUCAGUAAAAGCUAUUGCCAAGAUGGUGAGAAAUAGAACCAAUUGCCUCUCAUAGAAAUGGGGACAGUGUAGAGGGAGCUUUACUCUGUAUCUUAUCUCAUGCUGUAUCUGCCCUGAGAGCGUUUGAUGGGGACAGUGUAGAGGGAGUUUUACUCUGUAUCUAACCCCGUGCUGUACCUGU